AUGGAUGCGGAUAGAAUGGCCGGCAAAACGAACAGUGACAGUGCCAUGCUCGGAAGCAUAAGUCACGGCCACAGCCAUCACUCACACAACCACCCUCUGCCACGCCAUCCCUCGCACCAACAGCAGCCGCAGCAGCAUCCACAACACCACCACCACCACCAUCACCAGCAUCACCACCAUCACCAUCGUCCGCCCUCGGACAGUCUGACGGAGGUUUCCGUGGUGGACAUUAACGCCUCGUUGGCCGCUUCGGCCCCACUGAUAUCAGCCCACGGGGCGCCGCCGGCCUCCUCGACCAGCACCACCACCGGCCACGUGCCCGGUUUCUGCAACAUUCUCAACGUCUCCAACAGCACCGACCUGCAGGCCGUGGCCUACAACUCGCUCACGCAGAACGUCCGCUGCAAAUCCCCACCGACGCUGGUCGAUAAUCUUAAGAACGGUACAAUCGGAAACUCCCAAAGCGCUCUCUGUAACGGAGCCAUCAUGACAAACGGGCAAACGAAGGACUCCAAUCUGGCGCACGGGCUGGUGCGCAAGGUGCUAAACAGUAGUGACGUCAACGGGCAGAAGAAACCAAUGGUAUCACUCACGCACCUACCAAAGAGGCCCCCGAUCGAUAUUCAGUUCAUCGACAUGUCGUACUCGGUGUCGGAGGGCCACAAGCGGGGUUACAAAACGAUUCUCAAGGGCAUCAACGGCAAGUUCCGGUCCGGGGAGCUGACCGCCAUCAUGGGACCGUCCGGUGCUGGCAAGAGCACGCUCAUGAACAUCCUCGCCGGUUACAAAACGUCACACCUCAGCGGAUCGGUGCUGAUCAACGGCAAGGACCGCAACCUGCGCAAGUUCCGCAAACUGUCCUGCUACAUCAUGCAGGACGACCGGUUGCUGCCGUACCUGACGGUGCGCGAAGCGAUGAUGGUGUCCGCCAACCUGAAGCUCGGCAAGGACAUCUCCGUGUCGGCGAAGCGCGCCGUCGUCGAGGAGAUCAUCGAAACGCUCGGCCUGUCCGACGCGGCCACCACGCUGACGCUCAACCUGUCCGGUGGCCAGCGGAAGCGGCUCUCGAUCGCGCUCGAGCUGGUCAACAACCCGCCGGUGAUGUUCUUCGACGAGCCGACCAGCGGACUGGACAGCUCGACCUGCUCGCAGCUGAUCUCGCUGCUCAAGUCGCUGGCCCGCGGUGGCCGCACGAUCGUCUGCACCAUCCACCAGCCGUCGGCCCGCAUCUUCGAGCUGUUCGACAAUCUGUACGUGCUGGCCGAGGGGCAGUGCAUUUACCAGGGGCGCGUCAACGGGCUGGUGCCGUUCCUGGCCUCGCUCGGCCUCGAGUGUCCGAGCUACCACAAUCCCGCCAACUACGUGAUGGAGGUGGCGUGCGGUGAGCACGGCGACUGGAACAGCAAACUGGUGACGGCCGUGAACAAUGGCAAGUGCAACAACUACAAUCAACCGUUGGCCCAAAGUAAAAGCUCGUCCCAGAAGAACGUUUCCCUCGAGCACCCGGGCACCCUCCAUCAGACGACGGUCGCGGUGCCACCAGCGGACCAGGAAGAGGAUCUCGCGCUGCUCAAGACUGUUGUCGCCACCGGGGACUAUACCGCCAUCAGCAUGCCACCGUCGGCUGCCGAGGCGCAGCUAAACAACGAAAGCAAACCGCUGUCCGCCGGCGAGCGAAACAACCAUCCGAAUGGAGCUUCUACGGGGAGCUUAGACGCGUCCGUCACCACGACCACCGUCGCGAUCGGUACAAGCGCCGGGCCGGGAACUGAGGCGAUGGCAGCGGCGGGUCCACUCCUGCCGACGGCGACGCUUCCGCUCGGUACGACCAUAGUCCCGGCGGCUGCCAGCACCUGCACCAAGGCCACCUGCACCACCUCACUGCUCGACUCGACCGAAAGCGUCAGCAUCACGGUGCCGAAGAAGCAGGCCGGCUUCCCGACGUCCGGCUGGAUGCAGUUCUGGAUCCUGCUCAAGCGCACCAUGAUCACGAUCAUGCGCGACCAGACGCUCACGCAGAUGCGGCUGCUGUCGCACGUGAUUGUCGGUGCGAUCAUCGGCAUGAUCUACUACGACAUCGGGAACGACGCGUCGAAGAUCAUGAGCAACGCCGGGUGCAUCUUCUUCACCACCAUGUUCACCAUGUUUACCGCCAUGAUGCCCACGAUACUGACCUUUCCCACGGAGAUGGCGGUGUUUGUGCGGGAACACCUCAACUACUGGUACUCGCUGAAGUCGUUCUACUUCGCCAAGACGAUCGCGGAUCUUCCAUUUCAGGUACUGUUCACCAGCGUGUACGUGAUCGUCGUGUACUACCUGACGUCGCAGCCGAUGGAUCCGAAGCGGGUCGGCAUGUUCGUGCUAAUCUGCAUCCUGACGUCGCUCGUCGCGCAGAGCCUCGGGCUGCUGAUCGGCGCCGGUAUGAGCGUCGAGACGGGCGUUUUUCUGGGGCCGGUGUCCACCAUCCCGAUCAUCCUGUUCUCGGGUUUCUUCGUGAACUUUGACGUCAUUCCGAGCUACCUCCAGUGGGUGACGUACGUCAGCUACGUCCGGUACGGCUUCGAGGGCGCGAUGGUGUCCGUGUACGGUAUGGACCGCGCGAAGCUCGCCUGCACCGAGAUCUACUGCCACUUUCGCAGCCCGAAGAAGUUCCUCGAGGAGAUGUCGAUGGACAACGCGGAGUACUGGAUCGAUGCGACCGCCCUGUUCGGGUUCUUCAUCUCGCUGCGCGUCAUCGCGUACUUUGUGCUCCGCUGGAAGCUGCAUUCCAUUCGUUAAACCCUCGUGACGUCAAUCGUCCAGUGCAUCGCGACCAGGCUGCGCCGCUAGUGAUGUUCCGCUUGUAGUUCACGCUCACCGACGGCGACCAUGCUCGCUGCCUGAGCCCCUUACUCUCUCUCUCUCUCUCUGUCUCGAACAUGUGAUGUGUGCUUCUUGUGCUCCCGCCCUCUUGUGGUCUAACUGCAACGUCCCCGCCGAAACACCGACAGACACCGUAGACACAGCAACGUAGCAGCAACAACGUAGUCUAGCCAGCACGGCUCCACGGCCUCUUAUGGAAUGCGCAGCCCGCAGCCCGAAACGCCUCGCCCUAAAGUAACAGACACACCCGGCCACCAAAAAGAAACACUCUAACUAUAAGCUUUGCGCGGACCCUAUCUCGGUAGAUUGAUGUCGAUUUUUUGCUCGUUUUCCCUGGUAGAGUGGUGUAUUAGCUACAGUUUUACAACCGUAUACAGACCACCCCCCAAGUAAACAGUGGCUGCAGCCGGAUAGGGCGGUAGACGGAUAAUAUACACAUCUUUUCCUAUUCUCGUAUACAACAAGCGCGCUAGGCCAGGCUUUAUAGUGGAUCCUCGCUAGCUUUAGCACGUAGAGGGCGUAGGGUCUAAGGGCAAUCCGUGUCGUGGUCGUGGCUUCACCCUUCCGAACACAUCUCCCCUAAACGCUCAUACAGAAACAAACUGUACCACAGACACACCCUGCACAGGGUUAGGGCCAUCCACAGCCAUCACUCUCAAUACGCAAUCGCAAUCACCCCGUGUCGGUGUCCUUUCAAGCAAAAGUAUUACUCCCGUAGUAUUUAUACACACAGAGGUCCUAGGCUGCUGCCGAAAGCCUAGUCCGUGCCCCGAGUGGCGCUGCGCAGACGCGUCGCGAUAGUAAGGCCGAUGUUGGCCCCUGCUUAGUCAAAAGUUCUUCAGUUCCGCGGUGCACAGUACUGAAUCGAAAACAGAAGAAACGUCAAAUGGGGAACGAACGUUCGGCAAACACUACACAAAAUUAAGUCGAAUUAGUUACUAAUUAGUGUGCAAAACCCAGCUCAACGCGUACGCGGGAAAUUCGGGCAGUCGCUGGCGCAAUUGGAAAACAACACUUCUCGGUCCAACCAUCAACGGGGCGGAACUGAGAGAGAUUGAACGACGCAGACAGGCAGGCAGGCAGAGGUCGUAGAUUGUGGAGGCCCCAAAUGGGGCAAGGCCAUUUGUGGAACACUUGUUUAACAGUGGAUGAUGAUAUCAGGAACGACAGCCGAACGUGGCUGGGUUCCAAUUUAGUUUAGGAAAAGUUUAGUUUAGAAAACCCUAGAAAACCAAUACGACACACAACAUCACGAGAAGAGGCGGCCACUCCCAAAAGCGUGCGAGACGAGCGUAGGUUUUUAGUGAACGAGGGGAAUUGAGUUCGGACCGUGAGAGUUCCCGGAUGAGCAUACCGUUCCUUCGGACCACAGAGGUCCGAGACGUAGAUGCUAGGCUUUUGUGUUUAUUUUCCGCGAUGGAAAACUGAGGUAUUAAAGCUCAUUUUAUGCUCUUCUCUCACGACUCCGCCUCUCCGCCUGAUCCUUCUAAGGGAGUGAUAGUAUUUUUUAUUUACACCAUUAAUCAGAUUCAGUAAAGCGGCUCCGAAGUGUACGACGGAGAAAAGAAGUGAUAUUAUGUUUCUUAAUCGAUAAGGGAAGCUUCACAACUUGACAAAGUGUCCACCGACUCCGCCGGUUUACCAGCUACCCAGCAGGAGGUCCUGGCUCGGGACGGUAGCACACUCUUAUCGUACCGCACCCUAUGAGUGGUUUCAGGAUCGUAUGAGUUUAUAUUGUAAAUUUUUGUUCAUUAUCAUCCGCGCUCUCUCUAUCUAUCUAUCUCUCCCCCUUUUUGUCUAGGUGAUGAAAAUUCGCUUGCUCGGUGGAUGGAAAUGAGACAGGACUGGAAUAGAAAGGGGGUUGCGGUUUCUUUCGGAAAACAUACGGCCAUUAAAGAAAACAAACAUGUGAAACGAACACGAACUGGGUAGGUUAAACCGGAACACCGGGGAGGGACACAGCUUAGGAAUAUGGGAAUUUAGAAACGAAUGAUACUACUGGUGUUUGUGUAAGUGUGAUAA